AUGUCCAGCGAUGAGUCCCGGCUCUCCAUUAUUCAGAAGCUAUGCAUCAGCACAAUAAAGGAGGGUGCCAUCACAGCUUUCAUCGAUAUCUUCCGGCUUACACACAUGGAGCAGCCAAUGGGGAAGAACCAACCGAACAACCUUAAUGAUCUAGUGUCAACAUCGGGCCCAACAGUCGCAGAGAUCCUUCAUCAGUUUUCGUUCGACAACCCCCUGAAUUUCAACCAGACUAAAUUAUUGACUGUUCAGGCCCUGCUGUUGGCUGCAGAUACGCAUCAGAUGAACGAAGACUAUUUCAGCCGCUUUGAUGCACUCUCAAAGCUAGCAGACAUCUUCUUUGAGACGCAACUCGCACGCACCCAAUUCCGCAUGAUGCCCUUGGUGACACCGCAUCCCACCAUCACGUCUCUCACCGACGAGAAUGACACCAUAGGCUGUGCAGACAUUUUAAUCCACAUCACUUCUCCCGUUUUUAAUAGACAAACAGAGCUUAAGGACCCACUGAUGGCUGCGGUGGCACACAUAAGAUCUAUAGAAGACACGACGCAAAUAUACUGUCCUCUGGAUGUAUACUAUGCUAUUCUGGCACGCAACACACUCUAUAAUAUGGUGAAGUCUGUGGAAGAUGCAAACUCGAUUGCAGGCCUCCUAGGUAAUAUUCUCCCCCGGUUGAAAACUGGCACUCCGGAAGACUUCACUCCAUCCGACCCCAUAACUAUUCCCAAGAACAUGAAGACACGUAUGCUUUUGUAUACCAUUGUCUGCUAUCUGCGGUUAGGAAAGAGCUUGCACUUUUUUCAGCUCCACCGCGCAGCCCACGGAGUUCUUGAUGUCUGCUUGGUUGCUAUCGCAGCUAUUGAGCAGCACCUAGAUGUUGACUUUAGUGCGGUCUUCGAGCCCACGGUUGACAAUGGGUACAAGGUGCUCAUACCAGAUGAUGUUACUCGAGAAGCACAGACGGAAACAGCCUUAAUUGACAAGCAGGAUGGAGACCAUUCAAAACACACUAGCUUUGCUGGAGCACGGCUCGAUGUGGAGUCGGUUCCAUACAUGCCAUUCACAAGGUUAGAGGAAGAGGCGCUGCCGACUUUUAUCAGCGACGAUCCUAACGAGAACUAUGCCUCGUACAUUGACACUCUUGCAGAGCUGGCUUUCAUAGCAAGAAUGAUGAUGGUUCAUAACUUAAUGUUCAUCGCAUGCACGGCCUUCAGCAACGCCAUAAGUGAAAGCGACCUUAUGUUUGUACGCGCCGAUGUCUUAGCGUUACAUGCACGAAUAUCUCAAUUAAAUAAUACUCCACGGACCAAUACUAGUACCAAUAACGCAGGUCUGAGCGGUUCACAUAUGUUAUCUGAUGACUUCAAGCAGAAAACCGUUGAUGAGACGCUUUCCGUAUCCUCUCUGGCCGACCCCAUUUCUCUGCCAAAUAAAAUAUUACAUAACAUGCCAUGCAGCUACGUUUGCGCCCUAUCAGGGUGUGUCCUGCUCAUGAACGCUGCAGACAUAGCAUUCGGGUUUAAUAUCUAUCCCCUCAUAAUGCCUAUCUGUAGACGUCUGUUUGAAAUCACAACUCGCCUCAACUGCGUCGAUAUAGUUACUCCAUACAUUGAUAAACUUCUAGCCGGAGACACUGAGUUUGCAAUUUUGGGCCAUUCUUGGGCUGCAAAUUGGGCUGCAGCAAGGGGUGACAGCGACGACUUGGUACAGCAUCUAAUGGCUCGAUGGAAGCUAGCAAAUCAGGAGCUUAGCAGCACAGCCGAAGCUCUUGCAGAGACUAAUUGCAAUUCUGGCGCUGAUCUCCUGACAAUCUUGAACAAUAUGAACUAUGAAGAGAGGCCUCCCUCAGAGCAAGCAGCCCUGCAGCCUCAAAAGUCUAGGGUGCGCUUUGAUGUAGCCUCGGCCCUUAGCUCUGUGAGGUCUACGUCUGGCUCAGUAGAUCCCGCAAAGCUGGCCACCAAUCUAGAUUCGAUAGAUGACUCCGGCGGUCCUCCCGGGCCUUCACAUCUGGAGACCUGCGUUGAUAUGCUCGAUGAUUUGAACGCUUCAUUACUCAAUCCGGAAGAAAUGCUUUUGACGGACAAUAACCUUCGGAGUGGAUUGAGAGAAGCAAUUGCUGUCCCCAUUCAGAUUGAAGACGUCCCCAGUACCCCGGACUCACAGCAGAUUAUUCAAUCUGAUAGUGAGCUUCGCGCAUACAGAUCAGCCCAGAAGUUUCUCACAGAUGCGGGAGUCCCCUCUGUUGGGAGAGAUAUGGGAUCAAGCGGGCUUCUGGAUGCCACUCGCACCAAGCCGACCUUGAAGGUCUCGGAGUCAGACAUGAUACGCUGGAAUAUAGCCCGUGCCAGAGCCAUGGUUGGCGCACGUGAAGCUGUUGCUGCUGCGUCUGCGUUGUCGUGUGCUGGAAACACCAAGAAAAAGUCUACUCCAGGGACUGUGGACGAUCUUGAGCUUAUGACUGGAGCGUGGAAUACUAUUGCAGGAAUAUAUGCGAGCAAUCGCGACGCGCACAUAGCGGGCCAUGAACACCUGGCUGAGCAGAAUGAUCCAAGCCUGAUGGACAUGACUGUGAGUGUAGGAGGGACACUAGGAACAUCUUCUGCUGGCGCUGGUCUUGGAAAGCGUAGCAAUGCAGAAACUAUGGAAAGGAUCAUUGCAGAAGAGCGUAGAGGGGUCUCUACUUCUGUUGUUGAGGCGCGAGUACGGCUGGGCGCCGUAAAGGGUCAGUUGUUGGUUCAGCAAGUACUCGGGAACCUGCACCACCAGGUGCUUGAGGAUGCCAACGAGGGUGAUCUAGAUAGUUGUCUGCAGGAGGGUGAAUGA